AACAACUUAAAGUUCUGCAUACAUGUGUGAUACAUGUGGAAAUGUGUGGAACCGCUAAGUACCGUUAUUAUGGUCAGGUCAAUGCAUGUUACUUAUAAGAGAAAUUUAUUUUCCUAUUUUCUGUAGCAUAUUGAUAUAAAAUGGUUUCUUUAUUUUAAAUCGUUUUAAAUUCAAGUAUUGUAAAGACUGAUAAAAAAUUAUAAAAUACGAAAUGGAAGUACGACGUAGAAAAGUAAAAGAUCCUAUUGGAAAUUUUGAUUUCAAUGCCGAAAAUUCCAAUGAACAAAUUUUUUCCAAAGCGAAAAAUGAUCUGCCUGUAGACACAGCAAAUAAAGAAUUAAAGAAAAGAAAAACUGAUGGAAUUGUGACUAAUAUGACAAAAAAUACAAAUGAACGAAUAUCGCAUAACGAAACUUUAAAUAAUGAAAGGAAGGAGCAAUUUGUAAAUACUACAUCACCAAUUCGGCUUAAAGUAAAUUUUGAAAUAGAUUUAGUGGCUGUGAUAUUAUUAAUAUCUGGACUAGUUACUCGCCUCUACCAUCUGGAAGAACCUCGUAAUAUCGUAUUUGAUGAAUUGCACUAUGGCAAAUAUAUAAGUCUCUAUAUGAAAAAAAUAUUUUUUUUCGAUUCUCAUCCUCCUUUGGGAAAGCAACUCGUGUCAGCUGCAGCAUAUUUAGCAAAUUUUGAUGGACAAUUCAAGUUUGAUAGAAUAGGAAAUCCUUAUGAUGAAAAAGUUCCUCUUUUUGCCUUAAGAUUAAUACCUGCGUUAUGCGGAAGUUUUCUCAUUCCUACUGCUUACUAUUUAUCAAAAGAAUUUGGCCUUAGACAUUGGAGUUGCAUAAUUACUGGCUUAAUGCUGCUUUUUGAUAACGCUCUCUUAACCCAGUCACGUUUCAUUCUUAUGGAAAGUAUUUUAAUUCAAUUUUUACUUGUCGGUUUAUUAUGUGUAAUGAAAUUCAGAAAAGUGCAUGAUCAACCCUUCACUUUUGCCUGGUGGAUUUGGUUAAUAUUGGGGACUGUGAAUUUGACGUGUGCAUUAUGUGUCAAGUACGUAGGGUUUUAUUCAUUAUUUCUUGCACUGGUCUUGAUUGGACGAGAUUAUUGGAACUUACUGUCAAGAAGUGAAGUUUCAAAUAUAAUACUUUGGUGUCAGUUAUUUCUGAGAGCUGCUGUUCUCUUCAUCAUUAUGGCAGUAGUUUAUUUAGGAGUAUUUUACGUUCACCUGUCAGUACUAACGAAAGCCGGACCGCAUGAUUCCGCGAUGACAAGUGCAUUUCAGGCCAGUCUGGAAGGAGGACUGGCCAGUAUCACAAGAGGACAGCCCUUGGAAGUGACUCAUGGUUCGCAAAUCACACUUCGUCACACGUACGGCAGAGCUUGUUGGUUACACAGUCACAAUCAAGUGUAUCCUUUGCGGUACCCUGAUAAGCGGGGAAGCUCACAUCAGCAGCAAGUAACAUGCUACUCGUUCAAAGACGUCAACAAUUGGUGGAUCGUUAAGCGGCACGACAUCAACGACUUGGUCGUUACAAAGCCUAGCGAACCUAUUAGACAUGGCGACAUUAUACAAUUAGUUCAUGGAAUCACGAGUCGGGCUUUAAAUUCACACGACAUUGCAGCACCGAUGACUCCUCAGAGCCAAGAAGUUUCAUGUUACAUUGACUACAACGUCUCCAUGUCUGCCCAGAACCUGUGGCGCGUGGAAAUCGCCAAUCGGGACCAAGCAGGCAACGUCUGGCAUGCCAUACAGAGUCAAAUCCGACUGAUUCAUAUAAAUACGGAAUGUGCUCUGAAGUUUAGUGGUCGCAUGUUGCCCGAAUGGGGGUUUAAUCAACACGAAGUCGUGGCAGAUAGAAUAAUUGAGCAAUCUAAUGCCGUGUGGAAUGUGGAGGAACAUAGGUACACAAAAAGUGAGGACCAAAAGCAGAGGGAACGAGAACUGAUUAACGCUGAAAUGAUUCCAUUGAAGGCUACGAGUUUAUCGUUUUGGGAAAAGUUUUUGGAGUUACAAAUGAAAAUGCUAUUUGACACUGAUGAAGUACAAAAUAGUCAUAUGUACUCUAGUGGACCCUUUGAGUGGCCUUUUUUAACCAGGGGCAUUGCUUACUGGGUUUCUACUAAAAGUAAUGCUCAAAUAUAUCUCUUGGGAAAUAUAGCUAUUUGGUAUACUGGAACAAUUGCAGUAAUAACAUAUUCAGGACUCUUAAUUUUCUAUUUGAUGAGACGAAAAAGGCUUUGUUAUGAUAUUUCUGAAGCAGAAUGGAAUAAAUUUGCAAAUAUUGGUCAAGUUUUACUAACAGGAUAUUUAUUACACUAUUUGCCUUUUAUAUUUGUAGAAAGGACUCUUUUCUUACAUCAUUAUUUACCAGCCUUUGUGUAUAAAACUCUAUUAACAGUUGGCACCAUAGAUCAUAUAUACUCUCUACUCAGAAUUCAUUUCAAGCAAAAGCAUUUUUGGUUUAUUUUUAAAAUAUUCGCCAUUUUUUGGAUUGGCUUUACUGUUUUCGUUUUUCGCAAAUUCGCUUCCCUUAGCUAUGGAAUAACGCCUCUAAGUGCUAAAGAAAUUUUAAAAUUACGGUGGAGCGAAACAUGGGACUUUAUUAUUCAUAAAACAUGAAUAAGUUUUUUCUCCUGUUUUAUUAUAAUAAUUGGAGGCAAUAAAAUACUCUGUAAUAAUGUUGUGAACUCGUAAUAGUCAACAACAAUUUUAAAUUCAAUAUAAGAUAAAUUUUACUUAAUAAUAAUAACAAAAAUGUACAAAAUCAUAUAUAUAUAUAAUGUUAUUGAUCUAAUUUUUAUAUUAAACUUUAUACAUUAUAAUUAUAUUAUAUUUUAUAAUUGCGAAAUGUACUAAAGUUGCCAAAAUGUAUAGCUUUGGAAUUGCAAAAGGUGAAAGCUGUAAAAAUUAAUUUAUUUUUGUGUCGUAUUAAACGAUUUGAUAUUAAAUUUAUAAAGAAAUUUAAAGUCUUCCAAGACUGAGAAUUAGAAACUGAAUUAAAGAUUUUUAUAAUAAACUACAAUUUUAUAUACUUA